AUGUUCCGCAACGCCCUCCGACAGUCGACGCGCGCCGUCGGCGCCGUCUCUGCUGCCGGCAGAGUCGCUGCCGCCCGAAAUGCCGCACCCGCCGCCUUCACUGCCACGUCGAUGCAGUCUCGCUCAUACGCCGACAAGGCUUCCCCGACCGAGGUUUCUUCCAUCCUCGAGCAGAGAAUUCGUGGUGUCCAGGAGGAGGCUGGUCUCGCCGAGACCGGCCGCGUCCUCUCCGUCGGUGAUGGUAUCGCCCGUGUUCACGGCAUGGCCAACGUCCAGGCUGAGGAGCUUGUCGAGUUCGCCUCUGGCGUCAAGGGCAUGUGCAUGAACCUCGAGGCCGGCCAGGUCGGUGUUGUGCUUUUCGGUUCUGACCGUCUGGUCAAGGAGGGCGAGACCGUCAAGCGUACCGGAGAGAUUGUCGACGUUCCCGUCGGUCCCGAGCUUCUCGGCCGUGUCGUCGACGCUCUCGGUAACCCCAUCGACGGCAAGGGCCCCCUCAACACCAAGGAGAAGCGCCGUGCCCAGCUCAAGGCCCCCGGUAUCCUGCCCCGCAAGUCCGUCAACCAGCCGGUCCAGACCGGUCUCAAGUCCAUCGACGCCAUGGUUCCCAUCGGCCGUGGUCAGCGUGAGUUGAUCAUUGGUGACCGUCAGACCGGAAAGACUGCCGUCGCCCUCGACGCCAUGCUUAACCAGAAGCGCUGGAACUCCUCCAACGACGAGACCAAGAAGCUCUACUGCGUCUACGUCGCCGUCGGCCAGAAGCGUUCCACCGUCGCCCAGCUCGUCAAGACCCUCGAGGAGAACGACGCCAUGAAGUACUCCAUCGUUGUUGCCGCCACUGCCUCUGAGGCCGCCCCUCUGCAGUACAUUGCUCCCUUCACCGGUGCAUCGAUCGGAGAAUGGUUCAGAGACAAUGGAAAGCACUCUCUCGUCAUCUACGACGAUCUUUCCAAGCAGGCCGUCGCUUACCGUCAAAUGUCUCUGCUGCUCCGUCGUCCCCCCGGACGUGAGGCUUACCCCGGUGACGUUUUCUACCUGCACUCCCGUCUCCUCGAGCGUGCCGCCAAGAUGAGCGACAAGCACGGCGGUGGUUCCAUGACUGCCCUGCCCGUCAUUGAGACCCAGGGUGGUGACGUUUCCGCCUACAUUCCCACCAACGUCAUUUCCAUUACCGACGGUCAGAUCUUCUUGGAGUCCGAGCUGUUCUACAAGGGUGUCCGUCCCGCCAUCAACGUCGGUCUUUCCGUCUCUCGUGUCGGUUCCGCCGCCCAGCUUAAGGCCAUGAAGCAAGUCGCUGGUUCCCUGAAGCUUUUCUUGGCUCAGUACCGUGAGGUCGCUGCCUUCGCCCAGUUCGGUUCCGAUCUUGAUGCCGCCACCAAGCAGACCCUCAGCAGAGGUGAACGCUUGACCGAGCUCCUCAAGCAGAAGCAGUACUCCCCCAUGGCCGUCAACGAGAUGGUUCCUCUCAUCUUCGCCGGUGUCAACGGUCAGCUCGACUCCGUCCCCGUCAGCAAGGUUCUCCAGUGGGAGGCCGACUUCCUGGCCCACCUCAGGACCAACGAGUCUGACCUUCUCGCCACCAUCGACAAGGAGGGUGCUCUCAGCAAGGAGCUUGAGGGCCGCCUCAAGGACGUUGUCAACAACUUCACCAAGAGCUUCCUGGGCUAA